UUGGUGAGCCUAGUUGCAAAAUCGAAUUCUCUUGAUCCCCAAUUCAUGCAUUGUUGAAGCUUUAAAAUGUUAUGCUAUCUUUGCUCAUCGAUAUGAAUUCGCAAUCGUGCAAUGUUGGAGUUGAAAAAAAGAAGUCAUCUUGGUUUCGACCUAAAAAGCUCAUCUUAGUGAUGAAUGCAUGCUGACACAACUCCAAGACGUGGGAUCAUCGUCUACCCACACAUUUUUCAGAUACAAUGGGACUUCUGGAGUGUGGAGGAUGCAAGCCCUGGCCAAUGCCGGUGGAUGGAAAGAUCAAACCACUAUUGGAGACAUGGAUUUGGCUAUUAGAGACUCCUGAAGGCUGGAAAUUUCUGUUCAUUGAAACCUAGCAGGGGCAAAAAAUGAACUACCGAGCAUGUUCAAGAUAUAUACAUUUCAGCAACACAGAUGGUCUUGACUCGUGUCGCCCUGCAAAUUUGUUUAGUAAGAUGUUCAAAGAAACAAUACCCUGCAAGGAAGGCCUUUUUCGUCUAUUGAGUGAUCAUUCCAGCUUCCACUCUGCUAUCAGAAGUUCAUCAUCCAAAUUUUAUCGCUGUAUAUAUUCCACGGUAUAUCAACUCCUUUUCAGUCACUUGUUUAAGAUCGAACCUACAGCUUUAAGUAAUUAACCACAAUGCAUGGCUUCUCAAGCAACACUCUCAAGAAUGUUAUUUACUACUUUAUGUUUACAGUGCAGGGCCUUUCAUCUCAUCAUCUCCUAGAUCUUGUUUGAGAAUGCCAUAGCAAUGCACUUGCCAAAGGAAACCAUAUCUACGAAUCGAUCGUCACUGCAAAGCUAGGGAAUCUGCAAGAAAUAAGAGCAAUUUCUAGAUCACAAAAAAGAUAUCAUUGCCACAUCACACACAAAGGUAUGCCAUGAAAGAUCAACAUGGAGCCUUAUACACCAUGUACCUUUUGUGUAUCAGGAUUCACCCAAUGAAGUCUCGUCGACUUGUUCAUCCAAUCUAUGCCAUUCUUCCUCAUGAGAUUCAGUAGAUGUGUUUCCAACUGAUGAAGAUGAUGCUCAUUACCUUGGUCAACAUCAAUGGACGUAGCGAACUCUUCUCCUGUGAUGGUCCACAUCGGACGGCUCUCCUGCGCCCGCCAAACCGCCACCGCACGUAUUAUCAUUGCCUGCAUGACCGUCUCGUAACUAAUGCGUGAGAAUCACCCGCUUCUUCACCGAUAAUUUCUAUUGGCUGUUUUUGAGGAAGAGCAUUCUUAAUUACAUGGGUGUUCGUUGGGUACGUUGGCGCUAUUGAUGUCUAUAUAUUGCCUUCGGCCACCCCUCCGAUCACCCCCUUCGCCAGGUUCCAUUUCCUCUCGAUCCACAUCGAAAAGGAGAAAGAGAGAAGGCGAAGAGUGGCCGCCAUGGGAAAGAAGAAGCAACAGAGCGAGGACGGGCCGGCGAUGGCCGGCAACGCUGUGGUCGAGGCGACGGACGAAGGCGGAGAAAACGAUGAGGAAAAGGAAAACAGAGUCGGAAGCAAGGGAAAACCGGAGAAGAAGGACGAUGGAAGCAUCACUGUCGUCUUAAAGGUCGACAUGCAUUGCGAGGGCUGCUCCAAAAAAGUCAUCAAAUCCGUCCGAGGCACCCAAGGGGUGGAGGCGGUGAAGGCGGAUGCUGGGAUCGGGAAGCUGACGGUGGUCGGGAAGCUGGAUCCGUGGAAGCUUCGAGAUCAGGUGGAAGCGAAGAGCCACAAGAAGGUCGAACUAGUCUCGCCGGCCAACUUCCCCAGGAACGCCAACGCCGCCAAAAAACCCUCAGCCGCCAAGCAAACCGACGAGAAGAAGAAACCUCAGGAAAAACUGGUGGUGACGACGGUGACGCUUAAAAUUCGAUUGCACUGCGAAGGAUGCAUCCGUCGAAUCCGCAAAACCAUCCUCAAAAUCAAAGGUGCCGAGAGCGUUGUAUUCGACACGCAGACGGAUCAGGUGACCGUGAAGGGGACGAUGGACGCGAAGCCGCUGCCGGAGAAGCUGAAGUCGAAGCUGAAGCGAGACGUCGUGGUGGUGCAGCCUAAGAAGGAUAAAGACGUCGGUGGUGGCGGCGACGGGGAGAAGAAGACUAAAGACGGCGGCGUGGAUAAAAAGAAAGGCGGAAAGGGAGGAAGUGGCGGCGGAGGGGAGAAGGAGGAGAUUUGGAAUCCUGCGGCGGCGGGGGGUGCGCCGGCCGGAUACGCGAUGGAGUACUACGGUGUGCACGCACCGCAGCUCUUCAGCGACGAGAACCCCAACUCGUGCUCCGUUAUGUGAACCAAACCGGUUCAAAGACGAUGUAAAUAACAUAGUUCAUGCGUUUUGAUAUCAAACAAAUGUUACGAUACGGCAAUAUACCGCCACGACCCGGAUGUGGUACCCUCUUCGUGGGUCUUUUUCUGCUACAAGCGUUA